GAGGGCAGAGCGGAUGUCUGUCUGCCUCCUUUCCGGUGCUGUCGCUCGCGCAGUCGCCGCAGUGCUUCGCCGCUCUUCCCUGCCCUCUCACCUCCACUCCUCCCCGCUAAAGGAAGCUGGUUCUCCCUUGUCACAUCCUCCUUCGGAUGCAUCUGCCCCUUUCACGCCGCCGGCAAAUGCACGCUCCCCUCGCUGCAACUCUGGAAGCAGGACGCGGCGGCCGGACGCGCGGUUCCCUCGCCAACUGAGCCGAGACAAGGUGCACCAGGGGCGGAAGGCGAAACGAGGAGACUCCGGUGGCUGUGACGGUGGUCUGGAUCUCAUUUAGCCAUGCCGGUGCCAGAUCAACCCGCCGAGCAGGAGAAGGGGGCCAUGGUUGCCCCGGUGAUGCCGGCCUCCAAUGGAGACAGAUCUGAGACAGAGACGACUUCCUCUAUCCUGGCCUCAGUCAAAGAACAGGAGCGGCAGUUUGAGCGCCUGACCCGGGAACUUGAGGCCGAGCGUCAGAUCGUUGCCACCCAGCUGGAGAGAUGCAAGCUGGGAUCAGAGGCGGGCAGCAUGAGCAGCAUCAGUUCGGCAGAUGAGCAGUUUCGCUGGAAUGCUCAAGCUGAUGGACAAAAGGAUAUUGAGGAUGAGUUGACCACAGGUUUGGAGUUGGUGGAUUCCUGCAUCCGUUCUCUCCAGGAAUCAGGAAUCCUUGACAGCGUGGAACGACCAGCGCUUCUCUCCCAGAGUUCCUUGCAGCUUAACUCCACCCCGGAGGCUUCGCUCCAGUACUCUGCCAGCUACCAUAGCAACCAGACCCUCGCCCUUAGCGACAACAUCUCCGCAGCUUCUCCUCAGCGCAGCGGGCAGGUCGGAGGAGCCGUGCACAGCUAUAACCAGGUGACGUCGAGCCGUGCAGCCCAGCAGCAACAAUCACAAAGUGGGGCGGGGUCAGGUAUCUACUACUCCAGCUCCACCUUGCCUGCACAGCGUGUCAAUUCCCCCCUGUGUGGUGGUGGAGGCGGUUCAGGAUCGGGGUCCCCCAACAAACUCCAACGCCUGGGAUCGGCGUCCGAUGCUUCGGGCUACGCCACCACUCAGCGUCUGCCAUCUUCCUCCUCUUCAUCCUCCUCUCCCAGCAAACAGUGUCCCGCUAAUCGACUGGCCAAGUCAUACAGUACCAACGUUGCCGUGACAACAGGAGGUGGUGGAGGCUCUCCCCUGAGGUUGGCCUCUCCACCCAACUCCACUGGAGCAGGGGGAGGGGCCAGCUCAUCGUCAUCCCCCCUUCAUCAGAUGAGCUCGGGCAUCGGCAGUUAUGCCACUUUGUCUCCCAAACGGCUUGCAGCUCACCACGCAUCCGACCAGUACAAGAUUUCCCACGAGCUGUACGCAACCGCAACACUCCAGAGGCCUGGCAGUCUAGCAGGCUCACGUGGCUCCUACAGUAGUCAGCACAGCCAGGAGCCCCUCCGGCCCUUGGGGUCCCCAGAGCACCAUAUAGACCCCAUCUAUGAGGAACGUGUCUACCACAACAAGGGCCCCAUGAGGAGCCUUAGCCAGAGCCAAGGGCCCGACACUGGCCCCUAUCGCAACAACACCGACUUUUCCCAGCGUCUCCAUGACCACGUCCUAAGUUAUGUCCUUUGUCCCUACUUUCCUGCCAUAGCUCCCUCCUCCCCUGGUGUCGACUCCACCCCUUUGCAGCGAACAGGAAGUCACGGCACCGGGACGGGAAGCUACGGCCGUGGCGGGACCAACAACUAUGCCACUGUGGGACCGGGCUACACCACCAGCGGAGGAGGAGGGGACAUGUACGGCUCAGACCCCUAUGUGGCUGACCCUUACCGCACCCUGCAGUACUGCCCCUCGGUGGUGGAAUCACCUUAUAGCAAGUCUGGACCCGCCUUGCCGCCGGAAGGCACCCUGCAGCGCUCGCCUUCUAUUGACUCUAUUCAAAAGGACCCCAGGGAGUUUGGCUGGAGAGAUCCCGAGCUGCCAGAGGUGAUCCAGAUGCUGCAGCACCAGUUUCCGUCUGUGCAGUCCAAUGCCGCGGCGUACCUACAGCACCUCUGCUUUGGAGACAACAAAAUCAAAGCUGAGAUCCGCAGACAGGGAGGCAUCCAGCUGCUGGUCGACCUGCUGGACCACAGGAUGAGCGAGGUUCACCGCAGCGCCUGCGGUGCCUUGAGGAACCUGGUUUACGGCAAGGCCAAUGAUGAGAACAAGGUGGCCCUGAAGAACUGCGGAGGGAUCCCGGCACUGGUGCGCCUUCUGAGGAAGACUGGAGAUGUGGAAAUCAGAGAAUUGGUCACAGGCGUGCUUUGGAAUCUGUCAUCAUGUGACGCCCUCAAGAUGCCAAUCAUCCAAGAUGCACUGGCUGUUCUGACCAACAGCGUCAUCAUCCCCAACUCCAACUGGGACUCCUCGCCCAAUCACCAUGACGACCGCAAGCUCCAGCUUCAUACUUCCCAGGUGCUGCGCAACGCUACGGGGUGUCUCAGGAACGUCAGCUCUGCAGGUGAGGAGGCGAGACGGAGGAUGAGGGAGUGCGACGGCCUGACAGACGCGCUGCUCUACGUCAUCCAGACCUCUCUCGGCAGCAGUGAGAUCGACAGCAAGACUGUGGAGAACUGCGUUUGCAUCCUGAGGAACCUGUCGUAUCGUUUGGCCGCCGAGACAUCCCACGGCCAGCAGGGAGGGUUGGAGGAGCUGGACGGCCUCCUCUGUGACGCCAACGGCCGCGACGGAGAGAGUUCUGGCUGCUGGGGCAAGAAGAAGAAGAAAAAGAAGGGCGCCGAGCAGUGGGAUGGUGUUGGUCCCUUCCCAGACACAGUGGAUCCCCCCAAAGGGGUUCAGAUGCUCUGGCACCCCACUAUCAUCAAGCCCUACCUCACCCUCCUGUCUGAAUGCUCCAAUCCCGACACCCUCGAGGGAGCAGCUGGAGCCCUGCAGAACCUGGCUGCUGGCAGCUGGAAGUGGUCGGUGUACAUCCGGGCUGCUGUACGCAAGGAGAAAGGCCUUCCCAUCCUGGUGGAGUUACUGCGGAUCGACAACGACAAAGUGGUGUGCGCCGUGGCCACUGCGCUCAGAAAUAUGGCGCUGGACAUCCGGAACAAGGAGUUAAUUGGUAAAUACGCCAUGAGAGACCUGAUCCAUCGGUUACCAGGCAGCAGCAGCAGUAACAACAACGCCACCGGCAGUGCCACCUCUGCUACUACAGGCUCACCCAGCAAGGCCAUGUCUGACGACACGGUCACCGCCAUCUGCUGCGCGCUACAUGAAGUCAUCACCAAGAACAUGGAGAACGCCAAAGCCCUCCGCGACGCCGGCGGCAUUGAGAAACUGAUUGGCAUCGCCCGCAGUAAAGGAGACAAACACUCGGCCAAGGUGGUGAAGGCGGCCUCACAGGUUCUCAGCAGCAUGUGGCAAUACAGAGACCUGCGCUCCCUCUACAAGAAGGAUGGCUACUCCCAGUAUCACUUUGUGGGCUCUGCCUCAACAAUAGAGAGAGACCGACAGAGACCUUACUCGUCCUCACGAACUCCUUCCGUCUCCCCCAUCAGGACGUCCCCAAACAACCGUUCAGCGAGCGCCCCAGCCUCUCCGAGAGAGAUGAUGAGUCUAAAGGAACGCAAGAUGGACUACGAUUCCACGGCAACCAACGCCGGUUUCCAUAGCAACAAAGGCGAGCACACAUCCCGGAAAGAUGGCAUGGCAGUAUCCUGUGGGACAUCGACGUUAUUCCGAAACUCUUACCUGACCGCCAGUGAUGAUAUCAAGCCAAACCAGGUUGAAGAUGUUAGAUGAAGUAUCAACCUACUAGCUCCGUUGUGGGGAAACUGAUGCAACUGAAUUUAGCUUCCCCUCCAGAUGCUUACCUUUCUCCCAGACGCCUCCUGCUCUAAUUCUCAUAGUGGCCAUCCAUGGCCUGAAGAUAUGAACGAGGAGAAGACAAACUGUGAAUGAUACUUUGAGGAUUGGAGCAUGAAAUUAAUUUGCAUUUAAGAAGAGGUUAAGGGAAUAAACAUGCACAGGCUGGGGGCAAAUGGAGAAGAACGGAAUAGCGGAUGGAUGAGGUCAUUCAAUAAUUUAAUGAGCAGCACUCUGAGGACAACAUUCAUGGAAAGCAACCUGCAAAAUGCUGUGGAUGAUCCUGCAACAUCUGGCAGCAAAGAUCAGGCCAUUCUUCAAGCAUGCAUGAGCUAAACUAAAACUUUUGAGAAGUUUUUGCUUCAAACAGCUUGAGCUGUCAGGUUCUCACCCCAGCGAGUCCUUUAGAUAUGCAUCUACUGCAUUUUUUGGACACCCGCCUUUGAUCACCAACACCUUUAAGGUGGAAUGGGGAACACUUUAGUAAACAGAUGCUUAUUUAUGCAUUCGGCAUGUGGUUGGCAUUCAUAUGAAGCCACUUGCAGGGUUUAAAUCCAAUAUAUUGGCUAUUUUGGCUUUGCUAUUGAUGCCUGACAACUCCUGGAGGAAAAUACAUGAGACGCUCAGCAUCCACGCUUCAGAUAUGUCAGACUCUGCAUUUGCUUAAUGUGUUUGCUCCUUUACCGAGGAGAAAAAGUGCAGAAAAUACAUGUGGUAACCGUCACUAGUCUCCAUUUAGGACAAUAGCCAGAGGGCAAAACAAAAUAAAUACUUUUAUUGGCCCAUCACUGUCAAAAAAAGGUGAAUAUAAUGUGUCAUUUGGGUGUAACUUUAGAUAUUGCUUUUUGGAGCGAAUCUCACAGGGUAAUUAGUUCAGAAUGCCAGCAUAUCCACAUUUAAUAACGUAAUAACCACCCUUAGUGUUUUCAGUCAGGCAUUCUUUGAUCACAUGCCUGCUUUUUCUAUACUGUCAGUUACUACUGAAUGAAAAACUGAAAACAAAUGGAUGCUUCAUUGCAUAACAGCAAUUUGUAUGCUAAUAUAUAUAAUUGACGUAUGCAAACAAAGCUGGAGUAGAAGCAGCAGCCUCAAUGUGUUGUAUCAUUCAUAAAGAAAAACAAAACUAUUAUUUAUCAAAGAAUGUUCUGGUAAUGCCUGUUUAAACCCAACAUGCUUUGAGCUGUUGAUUAUUUUCGCUCAGCAAUCGGCCCCCCGCUGUACUUGUUGCGGGUGCUUGUUUGAUUUUGCAAUGCUGAUCACUUCUGUUGCAUACAAAGGUUCCAUAAAUAGAAUAACAAUGAUGAUAAUAAUAAUAAAUUGGAAGCUUUUCUCUGCAGGUCGUUGCUGCGUACUCUUCACCUCCGGUGAGUAUUUUCUGGUGCAUAACCUUGAAAUCUGUGCUCAACCCCCACCCCGCUUUGUCAGCGUUCAGCCAUGUAGUUGGUAAAAACUGACUAAGACAGAAAUUUGGGUGGUGUAAAGACUCAUGCGGGACCUUGUAGUUGGCUUCAUACUAAUGGAUGACUUAGUUCUCUAACCAAAAAAAAGCAGAAACAUAUUUCUUUUAUUGCCUCUCGGGAACUCAUUCAAUUAAUAUCACAUUACAUCUGGCAACCUGCUUAGCUGUCUACAUGAAAAAAUAUGUGCAGGGGACUUGUGUGUUUUUGUUUUUAUUAUUCCCAUUAUUUGCAUUCAUCGAAAGGUUCUUGAGCCUGAUAGUGAGCUGUGGAUGACGAGAUGAGUUGUUGUUGGUGUUUGAAGGCUUAAACACGCAUACAACGUUUGCAUAGAAAGGUUGUUUGCUUUCAAUAUGGUUCUUUUGCAAUAAUGUCCUGAAAUAGUACAAUUCAAGCACAAUCUGAGACAGAAUGAUGAUGAACGCUGUAUGAAUCAAUCACUCUGCCUGUUGCACUGUUUCCCGUUCUUUUCUAACACACACACACACACACACACACACCUCAUGGUGCACUGUCAGAUAUUGAACGGUCAGUGCUCCUGGAGAUGGACCUUGGCUAUUCAUGCAUAUUAGUGUUGCUGCAGGAGAGCCAGCUGUCUCCCACAGAAAUACCCGUGUGUGUGUGUGUGUCCAUCGCAUGAUUUCAUGCAUAUGAGCACAUGCAUGCAUGCAUGUGUGUGUGUGUGUGUGUGUGAGAGAGAGAGAAUCUGUCAGCUUGAACAAAAGCAUUCACCUGUGACGUCCUCAUUCUGUCUCU